CUGCAGCCCGCCAUGGGAGCCCGGGCCGCGGCCGCAGGGGCUCCGUGGGUCCGCGCCCCCCUCCGGACCGGACCCCGGACCGGACCCCGGACCGGACCCCGGUUCCGACGGGACCUGAACCUCCAGGCGGCCAGGCUGAGGGGCAUCGAUGACCUGCCGGGGCCCAGCUGGCCCACCACCCUGUUCUGGCUGUUCGGACGGGGCUACGCGGAGAAAGGACACCUGCUGCAGAUCCUGCAGAAGAGCCUGUACGGGCCCAUCUGGCGCUCCAGGUUCGGGCCCUUCGACAUCGUCAACGUGGCGUCCCCAGAGCUCAUCGCCCAGGUGAUCCAGCAGGAGGGCCGCUUCCCGGUGCGGGUGGAGCUGCCCCACUGGAAGGAGUACCGGGACCUGCGGGGACAGGCCUACGGCCUCCACGUGGAGUCGGGCCCUGAGUGGCAGCGCCUCCGCAGCGUGCUGAACCCGCGGAUGCUGAGGCUGCGGGAGGCGGCGGCCUUCGGCCCGGAGCUGCAGAAGGUGGUAGGAGACCUGCUGCGGCGCGUAGAGAUCCUGCGCCUGCAGAGCCCCGACGGAGCCACCGUCCCAGACCUGGCCGCAGAACUCUACAAGUUCGGCUUCGAAGACCCGUACCCGGUCCCGUUUCCCCCUCUGACUCCUCUGCCCCCCCCCCCCGGCACCUCCUCCAUCCUGUUCGAGACCCGUCUGGGCUGCCUGCAGGAGCAGAUCCCUCCGGACACGCGGCGCUUCAUCGGGGCUGUGGGCGACAUGCUGCGGCUGUCCGAUAUGGUGCUCAUCCUGCCCCGCUGGACCCGCCGCCUGCUGCCCUACUGGGGCCGAUUCGUCCAGGCCUGGGACGACCUCUAUGAAGUA